AUGUACACUGUCCAGGCUGAAAGGAAGACCAGAAGAGGAAGGACGGUGACGGCACAGUGGAUUUCCUCAGAUCGAAUCAAGAGGCAGGCUGAGACCUCGACACUGGCUGACUAUCCAAUCAGAGGAGAGAUCGUUCUCUCAUCUACUGACCUCCAACUGGUACUUCAGGUGGAACGCAAUCACGAGCUUUUGGGUCCGGACUUUACAGAGACCUACUACACAGAACAGGGACGGCCUGUGACUCUGACCAAUCACAACUAUUCUGAUCACUGCUUCUACCACGGACAUGUGAGUGGACAUCCAGAGUCCUGGGUGGCUCUCAGCACCUGCUCAGGAGUCAGGGGCCUGAUAUCCUUGAAUUCAAGUCACACCUACUACCUGGAACCAGUCAGCAACUCUGCUGUAGAUCCUCUUCGCCAUUCACUGCUGAAGGCUGACGAGCUGCAAAUAAAGGGAGGAAACUGUGGCCACGGUCAACAGGCCGCUCAGUCCAACCAUAUAGCUGACCUGCUCAGACCGUUUCACCAAAGGGUUAAAAGAAACACCUGGGGUACAACCAAGUACUUGGAGCUGUACAUUGUGGCUGAUUAUACUCUGUUUAAGCGUCAGAAUAAAGACUACGAAAAGACCAGGACACGGAUAAUGGAAAUUGCCAAUUACGUGGAUAAGUUCUACAGGGCUCUGAACAUCCGUGUGCCUCUUAUCGGUUUGGAGAUCUGGACAGACAGAGACCAGUGUAUUAUCUCAGAUGAGCCAAACGCCACCUUGUGGUCUUUCCUGCAGUGGCGACAGAAACUGAAAUCCCGCAAGAAGCACGACAACGCUCAGCUUCUCACAGGUAUGAUCUUUAAGGGGACGACCAUAGGAAUGGCUCCGCUGGAGGGGAUGUGCAUCCUGGAGAACUCUGGAGGAAUUAAUGUGGUAUGUAGAAAAAUCUUUAACUUUACAUACAUUAAUGCCCCACAGCUCAGUUCUACCCUGGGGUCACAGCAGAGCUUUAAUCCAGCCCUGAGGUUUAAUCACCUCAGCUUUAAUGGACUGCUUCACUCUCACCUACACGGGGGCUGCUGUGGGGAAGCCCCCGGGGAGCAGGGGGGCUGCGUGAUGGCUGCUGCCACGGGACAUCCGUUCCCUCGAGUCUUCAGUCGCUGCAGUAAACGAGACCUGGACAGCUACUUCCAGAAGGGAGGGGGCAUGUGUCUGUACAACAUGCCCAACAUGAAGGACCUUGUUGGGGGUAAAAAGUGUGGCAACGGCUUUGUGGAGGAUGGAGAAGAGUGCGACUGUGGAGAACCAGACGAGUGCACCAACGACUGCUGCAAUGCCAACAACUGCACCUUGAAGGCGGAGGCUCAGUGUGCCCACGGUGUCUGCUGCGAGGGCUGCAAAUUGAAACAGGCAGGUACCAUGUGCCGGGGUCCAGCAGGGGCCUGUGACCUGCCAGAGUACUGCACCGGGGCGUCUCCUUACUGUCCGUCCAACGUCUACCUGCUGGACGGCUCCUCCUGUCAGUACGGACUGGCCUACUGCUACAACGGCAUGUGUCUCACCCACGAGCAGCAGUGCCUGCAGCUGUGGGGCUACGGAGCUCGACCGGCCCACGAUGCCUGUUUUGAAGAAGUCAACGCAGCAGGAAACCCUUUUGGAAACUGUGGAAUGGAUCAACACGGAAACUACAUGAAAUGUGAGAAAAGCGAUGCCAAAUGUGGGAAGAUCCAGUGCCACAGUGCAGCAAAGAAGCCCAAAGGAAACAACGCUGUUCCCAUCGACACCACCAUCAAGCCAAACGGAGUGGAAGUGAAGUGUCGAGGCACCUACGUCUACAGCACUCAGGACGGACAGGGUGACCUGCCUGACCCCGGCCUGGUCAUGACUGGAACCAAGUGUGACGAGGGCAAAGUGUGCAGGGACCGCCGGUGUCAAAAUGCCUCCUUCACUGAACUGGAGACCUGCAUUGUACGCUGUCAUGGCAAUGGGGUGUGUAACAGCAACAGAAACUGCCACUGUAACCGAGGCUGGGCUCCACCCUUCUGUGAGAAGCCAGGACUGGGGGGCAGUGUGGACAGUGGACCGAUCCAGUAUGACAGUCAGGCUGGUCUGGUGGGGGCGCUGCUGUUCACCUUCCUGGUUGUCCUGCCGACGGUGCUGCUGCUCUUCUACUGCUGCAGGAUUAAAACCUCCUUUUUCCACAAGUGGCUUUCCCAGAGAGAGAAGAACAAGAGCAACAGGACACAGGAGUCUCUGGACAAGGAGAAGAACGGACAUCUGAAUCAUGCCUUUCACCUCAAGGUGGUCGGACCAAUCAACAAAGCAAGCAGCAGCAAGGGGCUGUCUCACACCAGCAAAGAAGUCCUUCCUCUCAGACCAGGUCUGGCGUCCAAUGGUACCCAGCCAGUCAACAUUGUACGUCCCCUGAGACCCGUCCCGUCUCCUCAGAAAGGCCAACAACAGGUCAAGACGCUUCGUCCACCUUUGCCGUCUAGCAAGCCCCCAACGGCCCCGCCCACAUCAUCAUCAUCAUCGUCGUCCCCAGCCGUACAGAGACUCAGUCCUCCCAAGAAACCUCUGCCCCUCAACCCAAGCAGAUCUCCACUGGUGAGUCAAAGCACAGUUUACACACUUUACUGUAGAGCUGGAAGAAUGAGGGAAUAAUACUAAGACAGGGAAAAGAAGAAGGGUUCAGAUGAGAUCAUUUAAAAAGAUACAAAGUCAAGUCAGGCCAAUGUGGCUGUGACAUUUGAAGAGAGUAAAUAUAUGUUAGGCAGCUAACACUCUGCAGAGAGUCUGCAGUAACAUGUUAGCGUGUCAAACUGGUAACCUCUCCUCUGCUUUGAUCACAGCUAACUGUGUGAUUUGUUAAUGUUGUUGCCAAACGCUCAGAGCUAAUGAGGAACCCUUUAAACACAGAGUUUGGAGGAUAAAUCAAAGAGAUUCUCUCUGAACCCUGACCAUAAAUCUGGAAGCGCUCUUUAUAUUUAUCUAUAUGUUUCUUUUAGUCUGAUUGCUUUCUUCAUCGAUUUCACCUCCAGAAGAACUUUUUUAAUCAGUGUCUCUGUGAAGAACAAAAUUCCCUCAGAGUUUAAGAUCAGAUUAGAAAAAGAAACAGUUCUCUUCAGCUGCGUUCUGAUCUGAGAGUUCCGCAGUUGGUCGGAGAUGUUUGUCACUGAUCACCUGUGUGAGCGACAGACAGCUGAUCCUGCUGUCAUCUCACUGGGCUCUGCUGUGUCCACAUCCCACAGAUUUAGAGUCCUCUUCCAUGGACACUGAUCUCUGUCUCUUUUCUCCUUCACAGUAAACUGUUGUAUUUCUAAUCAAUAAUUUUUUUCUUUUUCAUAAAUACCAAAUUUUACAAAGUUAAAACCGCUGAUCUUUGGGAUUUGGAAACAA